AUGUUUGCUAAUCACCCGCGCGGCACCACUGUGCAUGUUCCACUCGAUACCCGUGACAUUGCGCAUACUGCAUCACUUUUAGGCGAGGGGCUGACAGACAUUGAGCGCAAGGAGCUUUUGACGCAGAAAUUCAUCCAGUGUACAAUGAUAUUCGACUUCCAGAACCCCAGCGAGAACACUGAGGGCAAGAAUGCCAAGAAGGACACGCUAGCAGAGAUACUGGAUUACAUGUCCGAGCGCACAGGCGUCAUUACGCCCGACAUGUACAAGCCCCUGUUUGCGAUGGUGUCAGCGAACCUGUUUCGGACCAUACCUCCCCAGAUCAACGCGUUCGGCGAUCCGUUCGACCCCGAGGAGGACGAGCCAAGGGAGGAGCCCGCCUGGCUGCACCUCUGCCUGGUAUAUCACAUUUUCCUGCGCUUCCUGGAGUCCAGCGACUUUAACAACAACGCAGCUCGGCCGCACAUCGACCAGGCGUUCACAAUGCAGCUCUUGGAGCUCUUCGACUGCGAGGAUGUGCGCGAGCGCGAGAGCCUGAAGACCGUGCUGCACCGUAUUUACGGCAAGAUGCUUGGCAUGCGGUCGUUCAUCCGGCGGUCGAUAAACAACAUCUUUUUGCAGUUCAUCUACGAGACUCAGCGGCACAACGGUAUUGCGGAGCUGCUGGAGAUUCUUGGCAGCAUCAUCAAUGGGUUCACUGUGCCUCUCAAGGAUGAGCACGUGAGCUUUUUACACCGAGUGCUGCUCCCGCUGCACAAGGCGCGGCCGAUGACCUUGUACUACGCGCAGCUGGCGUACUGUACAGUGCAGUUCUUGGAAAAGGACCCGACGCUUGCCGAGACGAUAAUCAAGUCGCUGCUGCGGUACUGGCCCAAGGUCAACAGCCCCAAGGAGGUCAUGUUUGUCAACGAGCUCGAGGGAAUCAUGGAUGUCAUUGAGCCAGCGCAGUUCACAAGCAUCUGCCAGCCAUUGUUUCAGCAGCUGGUCAAGUGCAUUGUCAGCCCGCACUUCCAAAUCGCCGAGCGCACGCUGGGCAUGUGGCGCAACAACUACUUUGUUAACCUGAUCACCGACAACAUCCACCUGAUCCUGCCAAUCGCCCUGUCGGGCAUCUACCGCCACUCACGCUCCCAUUGGAACCGCAACAUCCACAACCAGGUGUACCAGAUUCUGCGUUUCUUUGUCAAUGUUAACGAGGAUCUAUUCGAGCAGUGCUUGUCUGAUUUCCGCCACCAGCGUGACCAAGAGCGGAAGCGGGCGAUAAAGAAUGUCAACUGGUGGACGGCCGUCGAGAAGAUCGCCAUGGAGAAGGCCGCAUCGAACCCGACAUCGCCAAUC